AUGUCAGACAACGAGGAAAUAGUGGAGGAGUAUGAGGAGGAGGUGGAAGGAGUAGAGGAGGAAGAGCAGGAGGAUGCUGAGGAAGAGGAGGAAGCCAAACCAAAGUUCAAACCGUUUAUAAUGCCAAAUCUCAUCCCUCCCAAGAUUCCUGAUGGAGAGAAAGUGGACUUUGAUGAUAUACAUCGUAAGAGGAUGGAGAAGGACUUGAUGGAGCUCCAGACAUUGAUUGAGGUUCACUUUGUGAGCAGGAAGAAAGAAGAGGAAGAGCUGAUCAAUCUUAAAGACAGGAUUGACAAGCGGCGCUCUGAGCGAGCAGAGCAGCACAGGAUCCGCAGUGAACGGGAGAAAGAACGUCAAAAGCGUCUGGAGGACGAGAGAGCUCGUAAGGAGGAGGAGGAGGCCAAAAGGAAGGCAGAAGAUGAUGCAAAGAAAAAGAAAACCCUGACCAGCCUCCACUUUGGAGGCUACAUGCAAAAGUUGACGGAGAAACGGAGCGGCAAGAGGGUGACAGAGAGAGAAAAGAAGAAGAAAAUCCUGUGUGAAAGACGCAAAUCUCUGGACAUAGAAAACAUGAGUCAGGAGGCACUCAAAGCAAAGGCCAAAGAGCUGUGGGAGUGGAUGCACCAGCUGGAGGCUGAGAAGUUCGAACUGCAAUAUCAGUUAACCAGUCAAAAAUAUGAGGUGUGUGCUAACAAUCAAUGUGCUGAGGAACCGCGUGAGCGAUCAUCAGAAAUCGUGAGAAUAACCGCUGAGUUGACUAUCCAAGAGGUCAAAGAGAGGCCUGAGGAAGUAGAUGAUCCCAUGUGUGCAGUUGCCUACUUUGGUGCCACGCCUAAUUGCCUUUACACUCGCACUUCUGCCGUCAUUUAUAUCCCCCUUUACCAACUAUCCUAUUCCCAUCCUCUGACGAAAGAAUAA